AAAAUGCCCUCCUGAAACGACGUAGUUCCGUACUCCGAUGGAAACGGCGUCGUGUUGGCGUAUUGAUCAAAUUAACUUUGGCCUUGAGUCUCACUGUUUUUAAUCGAGGAUGAAGAAAUUGUAAUUUUGUAAUAAUCCAACACCCACUCCGAUUGCUCACCAGUUGGGUGACGAAACGUUUGGGAAGAUUCUCUUUGGUUCAGGCUUCGCUCUCUUCUUCUCUUUCUCUCUGUAGACUUGUCUCCUUCUUGCUCGCUCUUCAACCAUCUUCAGAGACAAGUCAUUGUCUUCUUCAUUCUUCUCUAUCAUUUUCCUUCAUUGUUCUCCCACAAUACUCCAUUUCCAUUUCUCCACCCUCCGAGCCAAGAGAAUGGCCCUGUCACCGAUUCAACUCACCACCACCACCACCACCCUCCUUCUCCUCGUUUUCCUCCUCCUGACCAUCUACAUUCAGUCAACAGCCGCCGACUCCGCUGAUUCCGCCACCCCCCUCGGCCCCUCCGCCAUGGUCUUACCCCUCACUCUUUCCGCUCCCAAUUCUUCCAGAACUCUCUCCCACUCCCGUCGCCACCUCCAGAGAUCGGAGUCCCACUCCACCGCCACCGCUCGCAUGCCCCUCUACGACGAUCUCAUCCCUUACGGGUAUUACACUACGAGGAUUUGGAUCGGAACACCGCCUCAGACAUUUGCGCUCAUUGUUGAUACGGGGAGUACUCUUACGUAUGUUCCAUGCUCUACGUGCGAGCAGUGUGGCAAACACCAGGAUCCAAACUUCCAGCCAGAUUGGUCAAGCACAUACCAGCCCUUAAAAUGCAGCAUGGAGUGCACCUGCGACUCUGAGAUGAUGCACUGUGUUUAUGACAGACAGUAUGCUGAAAUGAGUUCUAGCAGUGGUGUUCUUGGUGAGGAUAUUGUUUCAUUUGGAAAGCAAAGUGAACUUAAACCCCAGCGUACUGUUUUCGGUUGUGAAAAUGUGGAAACUGGUGACAUUUACAGUCAACGUGCUGAUGGCAUAAUGGGUUUGGGACGUGGUGAUCUCAGUAUCGUGGAUCAACUUGUUGAGAAAGGUGUAAUUGGUAAUUCUUUUUCAUUAUGUUAUGGUGGAAUGGAUGUUGGUGGGGGCGCAAUGGUCCUUGGUGGAAUUUCCCCCCCUGCAGGCAUGGUUUUUACGCAUUCAGACCCAGCACGAAGUGCAUAUUACAAUAUUGACCUGAAGGAGAUACACAUUGCUGGGAAGCAGUUGCCUAUAAACCCAAUGGUUUUUGAUGGAAAAUAUGGGACAAUCCUGGAUAGCGGUACUACAUAUGCUUACCUACCUGAACCAGCAUUUAAAGCAUUUAAGGAUGCUAUUAUGAAGGAACUUAAUUCCUUAAAAUUGAUCCAGGGUCCUGAUCGAAAUUAUAAUGAUAUUUGCUUUUCUGGUGUGGGAAGUGAUGUCUCACAACUCUCAAAAACAUUCCCGGCAGUUGACUUGGUAUUUAGCAAUGGAAAUAGAUUGUCACUGUCACCUGAGAACUACUUGUUCCAGCACUCAAAGGCACAUGGUGCAUAUUGCCUGGGAAUCUUCCAGAAUGAAAAUGAUCAAACUACACUUUUGGGAGGUAUCAUUGUCCGGAAUACUCUUGUGAUGUAUGAUCGUGAGCACUUGAAGAUUGGUUUCUGGAAAACUAAUUGUUCUGAGAUAUGGGAAAUACUUCACCUUCUUAGCCCUCCUCCAGCACUGCCCUCAGCUUCGCCCCCACUGGCUCCUAGUGGACCACAGUUUUAUACAAUGCCAGAGGACCUCAUUGUUGGAUUCAUAACAUUUGAGAUGAUAUUAAGUAUCAUGCCCCCAAAGCUGAAGCCUCAUCUCACAAAACUUGCUGCUUUUGUUGCUCAUGGGUUAGAGGUUGAUACUUCCCAGGUUCAUUUGCUGAAUAUUACACCUGAAUAUGGUCAUUCUGUCAUAACAUGGGCCAUCUACCCAGCAGGAUCUGGUGAUUACAUUUCUCAUGCAGCCGCAAGGAAUAUACUUGCUGGCAUAGCUGAACAUCGUGUGAGUCUUCCUCCUAUGUUUGGGAAUUAUCAGGUGUUUGACUGGAGUAUUGAGCCCCCUGCAGAACGGACAUGGUGGCAGCAGCAUCACUUGGCAGUAGUCAUGACCAUUUUUAUUACGAUACUUCUAGGACUAUUGGCUUCAGGAAUGUGGUUUGUAUGGAGACGGAGAUGGCACUCAUUCGGGUCAUACAAGCCUGUCAAUUAUGUCUUCCCUGAGCAUGAACUCCAGCCACUCUGAAACUCACAGGGUGCUGUUGCCUGGUGGCUUGUGCUGCAAUGUUGCUGUUCUGCUCCAACUGUUAAGACUCACAGUAACCUCAAUGCUUAAUAUACCUACCUAGCAUAUAAAAAACUACACCAAAAAUUUACAAUGCUUAAUGUGGUUACAGUUGUAUAAACGGAUCUGUUCACAAUCCAGACAACCAAUUCGGCAUCAUCAUGUAUGUGAAUAUUGUAAGAUACAGCUCAUCCAAAACUUUCUCCACAAUAUUACCUAGAAACUGGUUGAUAUAAUGAGAAUGAUAUGUUUUUUUGAUACUAGUUUUUAUGGAGGAAGGUGCAUUUUUGUAA